AUGACCUCCAACUUCAUACGGCUUCGGCCCGGCCGCGCCGGCCGCGUUCAGUGCGAGACCAUCCCGUCCACGAUCCACAUCACCAAGGACGAGUUCAGCUCCUCCGGCCAGCUGGAGCGCACCUGCGAGGGCGACAUACCGGUGAACAAGUGCGAGGGCACCUGCAGCUCCCAGGUGCAGCCCUCCGUCAUCUCGCCGUCCGGAUUCAAUAAGGAGUGCAGCUGCUGCAAGGAGACGGGCCUGCGGGUGCGCCAGAUCACGCUCUCGCACUGCUACAACCCGGACGGCCAGCGCAUCUCGGGUGACCGCGGCCAGCUGACUGUGAAGCUGCGGGAGCCCGCCGACUGCCGCUGCUCGCGCUGCGAGGGCUGAGCUCCGCGGCAGCUGCCGGCUUUCCCGGGCCCGGCCGCGGACCGGCCGCGACUCCGCAGGGACCACGCCCCACCCGAGCCGCCCCACGCGGCCCGUGGCGCGUGCUGCGUCACGGUGCCGAUGGCUCGUUGUCUGGGUGGUCGGCCUGCCGUCGGCGUUGUCCCGUGUCCUGUCUGAUGCGUGUUGGUCGGGCCAAGUGGCUGCGUGGAAACGCCUAACGUGAUGACUUUGAGGAGGGGAUUUGCUUCGCCACUUUUGUACAUGUCAGUGUUGUUAUGCGAGUGUAUACCAAGCUAUGCAUGCGCGCAACACAUAGGCCAACAUCUUCGUAAAUAAAAUGCUGUUGAGAGGCGAACGCCGAA